AUGGAGGGUUUUCACCCACUUAUGACUUGCUCAUCAUCACCGUUUGCUUACACUUUUAAUCUCAGUGCUGGUUCUGGUGUUUCAUCUUCAUCAAGCACAUACAGCACCCCAUGGAUGGACUCUAGGAUAUGGAGCAAGCUUCCACAGCGAAUUCUUGACAGAAUCUUAGCCUUCCUUCCACCGCCUGCUUUCUUCCGAGCACGCUGUGUCUGCAAGAGAUUCUAUGGCCUUUUGUUUUCCAACACUUUCCUUCAACUCUACCUCCAAAUCUCACAACCCCACCAUUGGUUCAUAUUCUUCAGCCACAACAAAAGCCUCAAGAGCAGCUAUAUCUACAAUAAGAACCCUAGUACCAGUGGCGGAAGUGGAAGUGGAAGCAGUAGUAGUGGUACUACUACGACUGCUACACACUGUUGUGAAGCGUACCUGUUUGAUCCGUAUGAAAUCGCAUGGUACCGUAUUCCCUUUCCCCUUCUUCCUUCUGGUUUCUCUCCAUCUUCUUCUUCUUCAGGCUUGGUCUGUUUUGUUUCAGACGAGGCUGGUCCCAAGACUCUUAUUCUCUCCAAUCCCAUUCUUGGUACUAUGACUCAACUACCUCCCACAAUAAGACCAAGACUCUUCCCUUCCAUUGGCCUGGCCAUUUCCCAUUCCUCAAUAGAUCUCACUGUUGCAGGUGACGACAUGAUUUCCCCUUAUGCUGUGAAAAACCUAACAUCUGAAAGCUUUCAUAUUGACUCAAGUGGGUUUUAUUCCAUAUGGGGGACCACAUCUUCCCUUCCCAGACUGUGUAGUCUGGAAUCUGGUAAGAUGAUUCACGCAGGAGGGAGAUUCUAUUGCAUGAACUACAGCCCUUUUAGUGUCUUAUGCCACGACAUUUCCUCAAACACUUGGUGCAAAAUCCAAGCCCCAAUGAGGAGAUUUUUAAGGUUUCCAAGUUUAAUUGAAAGCAAAGGCAAGUUACUGUUAGUUGCAGCAGUUGAGAAGAGCAAGCUUAACAUCCCGAGGAGUUUAAGGGUCUGGAUUCUUCAGGCUUGCGGGACAACGUGGGUUGAGACGGAGAGGAUGCCUCAGCAACUUUAUGUGCAAUUUGAAGAAUUUGAAGGAGGGAAUGGUUUUGAUUGUGUAGGGCAUGGUGAGUUUAUUGUGAUAAUGAUCAGAAGAACAGAUAAGGUUUUGCUGUUUGAUAUCUGCAGAAAGAGAUGGCAGUGGAUUCCACCAUGUCCUUACGUUGCUCCAAGUAAUAAUGGUGCUUUUGCUUUGCAUGGCUUUGCUUAUGAGCCUAGACUUGCCACCCCUGUCACUGCCCUUCUGGAUCAACUAGCACUUCCAUUUUAG